UUGUUUACUUGUGAAUUAAGUUUUUACUGAAAUCAUAAUAUAUUUUUUCGACUCUACACAACUUCAAAAUUCAGCUGGUCUAUGUAAUGUACUAAAAAUCUUAUGUUAUUGAAAAAUUUGGGAUUUCGCACAAAAAUUAAAAACGGAAGUCCCCAAAAUCUACAGUCAUUUUUAAAAUUUUAAUAUUCAAAACAAACGUACGGAAAUGAGUCUUCACGUCACCUAUGACGAUAACGAAAUUAAUGAAUCUGCAGAGAAUCAAAAUCUACCGUUUUUUGUAGGCAGAAAUAUUGGCGGAAAACAGUCCUUUGAUUGCCCCUCAACUAAUGGCCACGUUAUAAAAACAAGACAAAAGUUUGUCAAUUUGGAAAAAAUGGCGGCAAAUUCAAAUCCAGUGGUCCAUUCAGUUAAACCUGAUCUGUUAGCAUUAAAACCUGGCAAGGUUACACACAUGCGUGCCCAUUUCAGUUCCAUUAACAACAGUGAAAUCACUUUUCCUCGAGAAUUUGAUUUCAAGGAGACGCGAAAUAAAAUAAAAAGUUUGUUGCACAGUCACUCUGAUGAAAGCCUUCCAAGAAAUGGUAUGGUACAACAGUUGGUUCGAAAUCUGGAAUGCAAUAUUAGGACUCCAGUAUUAGAAGGAAACCCACAUGACAUGUGCAUAAACCGAUCACAUGCAUGCGAUAAUGAGUCAACCGAAACUACGGAUGAUCUUGAAAUAAGGCAGUAUAACUGUUUAUGCGAGGGUAAGAAAACUCAGUGAGGACCCAGUUUGUGUCAAGAAAAAGACGAAUUUAUUUAACAAAUACGUUUAACAUCAACACUAGAAGUCCCAAGACUAAUAAAACUAAGAUAUGAAGUCUCUGGAGAAGUCGUGACACAGAUACGACAACACUCGAUGUUGUUUACUAAUAACAAUGAACUUAUCGGAACUCGUCACGUCCUUGUCUUAUUUUGUACAAACCCGUGAAUAUUUUGAACAUAAAAUAUAUCACAUGCCAACUAAAAUAUUUAACAAAUCCGUUUAGGAUCAAGACUAGAAAUUCCAAGGCUAAUAAAACUAAGAUAUAACGUCUCUGGUAUCAACUAUUACACCUAAAGUAAAUCAUCUACAUACUAUAAAUACGAAGAGGUCGUAACAUAACACAGAUACGAAAACACUCGGUGGUAUUUACUAAUAACAAUGAACUUAUCGGAACUCGUCACGUCCUAGUCUUAUUUUGUACUAACCCGCGAAUAUUUUAAACCUGAAAUACAUUACACGCCAGCUAAAA